AUGGAGUCUGCGCAGCCUCUCCGCUGUGCGCCAGCACGGCGAUCGCUUAAAUUUCACGCCGGGGAGAACGCGCGGCACUUUCUUGCCUUCGACCCGUCCAUCAGCAAGUACGACCGCAUGAUCAUUUACAUGGAGCUGUUUGCCCAUCUGCGGCGUCUUGUGGAUUCUGAAGUUUUUCCGUGCUUCUCGCCAUCGUCAUAUCUGCCAGAGCAAUACGUUGAGCUUCGCGUCUUGACGGACCCACGUCACCCUGCAUACGGCCAGGUCGGUUUGUUUGCAAAGAAAACAAUCCCGUCCAACACUGUCGUGACGCCGUAUAGCGGCUACAUUGAAAUUUUCAGCACCUCUUGCAGCUCUAGAACAUACACAAUGGGUUUCGGCUCCCUUGGGGAUGACUAUGCGUUGGACGCGGAGUUCGUCGGCAACUACGGCCGCUUUGCGAAUGAUCCCCGUGGUGUUGAAGGGCUUUCGGCGAAUCUGAGCGCGGAAAGUCGCUUCACACCUCGCGGUGAGGCGUACACCGCUCUGGUCUCACGGCGCAUCAUCAACAAGGGGGAAGAGAUACUCAUGUCAUAUGGUAAGGCGCAUAGUCUCUCGCCUAGUCCGUGGGUGGGGUUGAGGGGCGAGCUACUCACGCGCCAUCGGGUCGGUGGCAUUGUCCCUUUUCCACAACUCGCGCAGGAAAGGCGGUGCGAACAAAACAGUCGCCCCGAACGGGAUUUAGUUAAAAUGAAUGGGUGUGUUGUCCGUUCCAUAGAAAACAGUGGCCUUGACUUGAAAGGCCAAGAAGAUGAGGCGCGGACGCUUUGUGGGGCGUCCGGUGAUAAAAGCCCAGCAGGUGACGAAGGCGCUGCGAUGGAGUUGCUGUGGGAGUGCCCACAAUGCGGGGCAUGGAGCAUUGGUAGCCCCACACCGGUCCGCAUUGACCACUGUUUUGCCUGUCAGACGCCUCGGUUGCAACGCGCCCGUCUGGUGGCAGUUUGCUGCACCUCCCCGCUAGGGUGUGACGACCUGCAGGGGUCGGUGAUGCGGAACGAACAGUGUGUGCCGUUCUCGCCGCCGAGAAUGACGGAGCAGCAGACAGCCAUGGAUGACAGAAGUGCCCCGGGGUCGCCCACCGCCUCCACCUCGGAUGGUAGCUCCUCUGUUACCAACAACAACCACAACAACAACAACACCAACGGAAGCGGUACACAAGGACCUGUGGUUUCGUUUGCCUCUGAGUUGGUCAACUGGCCGCUUAAUGUCCCCUUUCUCUCUUGGCAAGUUUGGGACCCUGCUAUCCCCUCUUCUACAAUUGGGAAGCAUUCAAAAUUCGAGAUGCACGAAAAUAUAUUUCUCUACUGUGUCACCACUGUUAAUGAGGAUGACAAUAGGCAGUCAGGCGAGGGAAAGCGUGAGAGGGACGAGGCGGAGGACGAGGCAAGAGUAGAGGAGCAACCGAAGCGGAGGGGUCGGAAGCCGCGAGUCCGGCGCAAGAAGGAAGAGUUGUGGCAGAAGGAGGAGCCGCAGCCCAGCGAAACCCAGCAACAACGCGAUAUCGACGGAGCUAAAGUGGAAGGUAAGGAAGUUGUGAGUGGAGGAAAGACAGAGGAUUCUAGCACCACGGACUAUCUUUUCUGCAUCAGCAAGACAUCUGCUCAGAGCGAUAACCGGCACAGCGGUGAAGACGACGGUGAGAACACCGCAGCCCUUCUUGCACUGCAGUCCUUGUUGAAGGGCGUUCCCCGUCGGGUGUUUGCCGGUAAGUCGUACCACAUUGGCGAGGUGGUGGCGUCUGUGGGCGGGGUGAUUAGGCCCAUUGGUGACCGGCGGCGACGACCCGACAGUUCCGUGCUGGAGAUACCGAUGAAAUACUUUGUACCGUCGCGGCUUCGCCACGCACCGUGCAGCGCCACUUUGGGUUCCAGCGACGAGAUGAAUGAUGAUGAACUGGCGACUCUUUCAGAUCUCCUGCGGCGUCUCGAGAGUCUCUCGCUGGUGGUGACGAAUGAGCUCAUGUUCUGUCCCUGUCUUGUUCUACAAGAUGAUGAAAACGAGAACGUUGAGGGAAUCGGAGUAAAGGUGGAAAAUGGCACACAAAGCCGUCAGUCGCUGCUUGGCACGUGCAAUGUGGGUCUCGUGCUGACGAUGGACUCCCUUGGCUGCCCGUAUGUCGCGGCAGUCGCUUUAAGGGAGAUCACUACUUUUGAGCCGCUUUUCGCCUGCAUCGGCUACUGA